AUGUCCAACUCCGGCGACUCGUUCUCAUACGCGCAGUAUUUGCACCCAAACGAUAUCCCCGAGGACGACCCGUUCAAUCCUCCGCCUGCGCACGAAGAUGAAACUCCUGACCUGUCUAUGGAAGACUUAGAUGACCUGUUCGACGAUUUGGACAUGGAGAACGAGCCAAAUCACGACGGGGCGGAUGGAUCUACAACGACCAAUGGUCCAUUCGGCAGCCUACAGCAGACCACUUCGGAGAAUGACGCCGUCGAUGAUGCUGCUUCGAUCAGUCAGGCUUCAAUUGAGGCCCAGCCAGAGGACGAUACAUCUAGCCCAGCGAGCUCAAGCAAGGCCACUCGAGAUAAUGAGGCCAUCGACGCCGAGUCCCCUAAUACUGAGGCAUCUCCCGACGAGAUCACAGACACUGAAAUGUCGAACGCUAUCACUCCAGGCCCUUCGGGCGACAGCAUAUUGAACGAUGGGAUGGCCGACGAGCCCACUCCGAGGUCUAAACUAAGAAAAAUGGCUGUGUCUGUUGAAUAUAAGCCCGUGUUCGCGGAGGGAGAGGAAGAAAGCCUCAGAGGCGUCGCCGCAGAGGCACUCGUAGCGAUGUUCACUCUGAAAAGAAACGAGAAGCUCGCCGCUCACAACGCCCGUCUUGUUCAAGACGCAGUCCUAGAGCACACUCGAAUUCGUGGCUGGACUGCUAUCAAUGCACCCGCCAGCCAACGCCAUCGAAAUGCGGAUCCUGUGCCCAGCCCAGACCUGGGCUCAUCAACAGCAGCUCAAACUCCGUCACUGGUGCUCCGGUUCAGAGGCAUCAACGAACCGACCGAAGAUGAAGCGCGUCUGCCAAGUGACAGCUUGUGUCGACCAGCAUCAGCUCGGCGUCCAUUGCCGACGAGUAGGCCCAAUACAGAAAAUCAACAACCGCAAUCACCACCGGCGGUAGACCCAGCGACUGGAUCAAAUGCCGUCGCACCCGCUCCGCAGACGAUAACUGCAGCAUCUGCGGCGAAUAAUCGGCAGACGAGGGCCACGACUGGCGCGAGGGCAAUGUGCACAUGCUCCUCGUGCAAAAAGCUCGACACAGUCAACGGAAUUGGGCUGAUAAAGGCCGUCAAGACAAUCGUCGAGCACAUACGUGCCGACGAGAUCAUCGCAAAGGGCAAGAAGGCCGAAGUGCCCUGCAAUGGGUGCGCCAAAGGCAAUCACGGCGAUGAUUGCUGUUACAACGGCGGGAAUUCUUGCUCGGCUUGUAUUCGGAAAAAGGAGAAGUGCUCAUUCUCCAAGAAAGAGUCCAAGGGAAGGAAGAGAGAUCAGGGGAAAGUGAGGCAGGAGGAGGCACCGGGCAAUGACGAUGGCGAGGACGAGGGCGAAGACGAGGCGAACGCGGAGGAGAGAUUGGAGGUGGAGGAACCGCCGAAGAAGAAGCAGAGGCGUACGAGGGCGAGCAGAAACAGCCCUCAGAAUACGCAACCACCUCCUAUCAGUGAGGAGGCUGUGGAGCCGCCGCCUGCGACCUCAAGGCGUAGGCCGGUGAACAGGAGGAGCUCUCGACCUGCGCGACAGCAACAGGUUGAGCCACCUAGAUCCAGUAGUCGCGGAGGUAGCUCCAGCGUUGAUGGGUCUAAGACCAUUGAUGGCAGUUCUCCUUCUACCUCCGGCACAGCGGACGAGGGAGGGCAGUCGCCUUCGAGUGGAACGCCCGGUUCUCCCCGCGGCGCAGAAGAAUCUUGGGCCGCCUGA